UAACGAGGCUUCCUCUGCACCACGUGGUAGAAAACGGCGCUGACGGGUUCACACCUGUCACGGAGCAUUGGCAACAAAGACUGAUCCAGCAGGGCGCUGCGCCGCGCGGCAGCGAACCGGGCUCACGAAACCCCAAAAGACAAACAUUUAUUUAUAUUUAAUUUUAAUUAGUAGCCUCUGCUGCACUCACGAGGCUUGCGCUGCAAGAGAAGGAUUGUGUGCGCGAAGCCUGGUGUUGGACUUCCACAUUUCGGGCCGAGCCGAGCCGAGCAGCUCGUCAUACUUUCGCUCGGAUAUCAAAUAGUAUCCGAUAUCUGAAGGGUCGAGAAGGAGAAUAUCAGGCCUUUACCAGUGUUUUAAUAAUUGUAUAUUCCCUGCUGGAGACGGUCGGAGAGUUAAAGAGGUCGCCGUCAACAAUCCUCUGUGUUCAAUGUUCCGUUAAAAAACAGGAUAAUUAUGUGGGUCAGUCCCGAAGAUGUUUUACUGGCUGGCGCAUUAUGGAUCACCGAGAGAGCGAAUCCAUAUUUCAUCCUCCAGAAACGGAAGGGCCACGGGGAUGGAGGCGGAGGACUGGCGGGCUUGCUGGUUGGAACCCUGGAUGUGGUCUUGGACUCCAGCGCUCGGAUGGCCCCAUAUCGGAUCCUGUACCUGACUCCCGACUCUUUAGUUUAUUGGAUCAUUGCUCAUGGAACCUCCCGUAAAGAGAUCACCGAGCACUGGGAGUGGCUGGAACAUAACCUGCUGCAGACUCUCUCCAUCUUUGAGAAUGAGAAUGAUAUUACCACCUUUGUCAAAGGAAAAGUCCAGGGCAUCAUUGCGGAGUAUAACAAGAACCACGACGUCAGAGAGGACGACGACACGGACAAGUUCAAGGAGGCCAGCUCCAAGUUCCGUAAGCUGUUUGGAAUGCCGGAGGAGGAAAAGCUGGUUAACUAUUACUCCUGCAGCUUCUGGAAGGGCAAGGUGCCCCGACAGGGAUGGCUCUACCUCAGCAUCAACCACCUCUGCUUCUACUCCUACUUACUCGGAAAAGAAGCCAAAUUGGUGGUGCGUUGGGCAGAUAUCACCCAGCUGGAGAAAAGCGCUACCCUCCUGCUGCCCAACGCAAUCAAGGUGAGCACUCGCAUCCACGAGCACGUCUUCUCCGUCUUCCUCAACAUCAUCGAGACCUUCAAGCUGGCGGAGCAGCUGGCCAACAUCGCCAUGCGUCAACUCCUGGACAACAAAGGCUUCGAGCAGGACCGCUCGCUGCCCAAGCUCAAGAAGAAGUCGCCCAAGAAGGUGUCGGCGCUCAAGAGGGAUUUGGAUGCGAGAGCGAAGAGCGAGUGUUACCGGGCGCUCUUCCGUCUGCCCAAAGAUGAAAAGCUGGACGGGCACACAGACUGCACCCUGUGGACGCCCUUCAACAAGAUGCACAUCCUGGGACAGAUGUUUGUUUCCACCAACUACAUCUGCUUCACCAGCAAGGAAGAGACGCUGUGCAGCCUCAUUAUCCCGCUACGAGAGGUGACCAUCGUGGAGAAGGCAGACAGUUCCAACGUGCUGCCCAGCCCGCUCUCCAUCAGUACCAAGAAUCGGAUGACAUUUCUGUUCGCUAACCUGAAGGACCGAGACUUCCUGGUCCAGAGGAUUUCUGACUUCCUGCAGCAGACCACCUCUAAGAUCUACCUGGAGAGGGAGCUUACUGGCAGCCUAAACAGCUCAGACGACGAGGUUUACUCCCAGUCUGGAUCUCUGCUCUCCAGUAGCCCCCAGCACAGUUCGAGCUCGGAAGGCGAGCGUACAUUCAACCUGAACGACCGCAGCGUUCCCACAGCCACACAAGCCCUCAUGACCAUGUACCGGCGCCGCUCUCCUGAGGAGUUCAAUCCCAAGCUGGCGAAAGAGUUCCUGAAGGAGCAAACAUGGAAGAACCACUUUACAGAGUACGGACAGGGAGUGUGUAUGUACCGCACGGAGAAGACAAAGGAGCUGGUCCUCAAGGGGAUUCCUGAGAGCAUGCGAGGAGAUCUCUGGCUUCUCUUCUCUGGGGCGAUCAACGAGAUGGCCACCCACCCCGGGUACUACGAAGACCUGGUGGAAAAGUCGAUGGGCAAAUACAACCUGGCAACCGAGGAGAUCGAGCGGGACCUGCACCGCUCCCUGCCCGAGCACCCCGCCUUCCAGAACGAGAUGGGCAUCGCCGCCCUGCGCAGGGUCCUCACCGCCUACGCAUUCAGAAACCCCAACAUCGGAUACUGCCAGGCUAUGAAUAUUGUGACAUCUGUGUUGCUGCUCUACGCUAAAGAAGAGGAGGCUUUCUGGCUGCUUGUGGCACUCUGCGAGAGGAUGCUGCCCGACUACUACAACACUAGGGUUGUCGGGGCCCUCGUCGAUCAGGGGGUGUUCGAGGAGCUCGCCCGCGAGUACGUUCCCCAGCUGUACGACUGCAUGCAGGACCUCAGGGUCAUCUCCACCAUCUCCCUCUCCUGGUUCCUCACCCUCUUCCUGUCCGUCAUGCCCUUCGAGAGCGCGGUUGUGGUGGUGGACUGCUUCUUCUACGACGGCGUCAAGGUCAUCUUCCAGCUGGCGCUCUCCGUGCUGCACGCCAACAUCCACCAGCUGCUGGGCUGCAAGGACGACGGAGAGGCCAUGACGGUACUGGGCAGAUACUUGGACAGUGUCACCAAUAAGGACAGCACCCUCCCGCCCAUCCCCCACCUGCACUCGUUACUGACAGACAACGGAGAACCGCAUCCAGACGUCGACAUCUUUAAACUAGUCCGCAGCUCCUACGAGAUUUUCGGUUCAAUCCGUGCGGAUGUGAUUGAACAGAUGCGUUUCAAACAGAGACUGAGGGUCAUCCAAACCAUUGAAGAUACAACUAAACGCAACGUGGUCAGGACUAUUGUAACAGAGACUGCCUUCAGCAUUGACGAGCUGGAGGAGCUUUAUGUGCUCUUCAAGGCGGAGCACCUGACCAGCUGUUACUGGGGCGGCAGCAGCAACCCCACGGAGCGCCACGACCCCAGCCUGCCCUACCUGGAGCAGUACCGCAUCGACGUGGAGCAGUUCAGAGGCCUGUUCAACCUGCUGUUCCCCUGGGCCACCGGGGCCUACUCGGACCCCCUGGCUUUGCGCUUCUUCUGUCUCCUUGACUAUAACGGAGAUGCCCUCAUCAAUUUUCGGGAGUUCAUCAAUGGCCUGGGUGUCCUGUAUCACGGUGACCUCAUUGAGAAGCUGAAGCUGCUCUACAAGAUGCAUGUCAUACCUGAAAUCACUCGUGAACCAGAAGAGCCGGACUCGGCCUUCGAGGCCACGCGGUACUUCUUUGAAGACAUCACUCCAGAAACAUCCAUCGGUCACAAUUCAAAGUGCAGAAGCGAGCAGGAUGAUGGCUUUGUCAGAGUCACAUUUAAGACUGAAAAAGUGAAGAAACUGAAUACUCCUGAAUAUCGGCAUUACUUGAAACUGUGGAACCAGGAGACGAAACCUGAACUAGAAAACACAAAAAACCUCCCCAAGCUGAAUCAGAGCCAGUUCAUCGAGCUUUGUAAGACCCUCUACAGCAUGUUCAGCGAGGAUGUAGCAGAACAGGAGCUCUAUCACGCCACGGCGACGGUCACCAGUCUGCUGCUGGAAAUGGGAGAAGUGGGGAAGCUCUUCUCCUCCUCUGGCCGGAAGGAUGACGGCACGGAGGGUCAGUCAGAGCCGAGCAUGUGGACGCGAGACGCCAUCGACCCCGACCCCAGCCGGGAGGCCGUGCUCGACGGUCCCGCUGACGGCUUGGCCCCCGCAGGUCUGGAGAGCCAGCCGAGCGGAGGGAGCGAGCGGCCGCCGCCGAUGCAAGACGUCAAGCUGGAGGACUCGUCUCCCAAAGACGCGGGCGCCUCAUCCGCCAUGCUCAUCUCGGAUGACGAAACCAAAGACGACACGUCGAUGUCCUCUUACUCCGUGCUCAGCGCCGGCUCUCAUGAGCUGGACGAGAAGCUGCAGUGCGAGGACAUCGCCGACGACACGGUGCUGGUGCGCAGCUGCUCCGGCGGCGGAGGAAGACGACGACGACGAAGAAGCGGCGGCCGAGGGCUGCCUCGCAGCACGAGCGUCGAUAACGAUUGGGCCAUCACGUAUGAGCAGUUCCUGGCCUCCGUGCUCACCGAGCAGGCCCUGGUGCGUUAUUUCGAGAAGCCGGUGGAGGUGGCGGCUCGAAUAACCAACGCCAAGAACGUGCGUAAAGUCGGGCGCGCCCUUCUCUCGACGAGUGACUAUGAGAUCUCGCUAUCUGGCUGAGGUUUCACCCGCGGGAUUUUUUGAAAAAGGGAAACGGGGUCAUCAGUCGUGUGUUUUAGAGGUCAAUGAAGGUCAAUGAAUGUGACCCAAAAAGACUGCUGUUUGCGAUGAUGUGAAAGACUUUUAUGAAAACAAUCACUAGAUUCUGUUCUGAGACGGAACAGGAAAUGAAUAUUAAGGUUUGCUCGGAGGAAACCAGUGUGUACAUGUCGUAGCUGUACUUUAUGCAUAGAUGUUAAUAUUGUAAUCUCUAGCACUCUUAGGCUAUGUAGAUGUAAAUGUACACAAACGGCACGGUUCUAAACUGGUAUUAAGUCUACGUGCGAUCACCGAACAUUAUAUCUGGCCAAGUUAUCGCUUGCUUACUUCAUGAUUCCAUUUGCUGUCGAUAACAAAAAGUUUAGUUUCCCUUGGAAUGACAAUAUGGACAAAGACAAAACGAAGCUGGGGAAAUUCAAGAAUGUUCUGUUUUUAAAGCAAUGUGCCACUUUAGUUAUUGAGUGAAACUCUUUUUAACAGAUUUAAUGUGUCCUAAGACAUGAUUACACUAAAAAUGCUGUUGAAUGAAAAGCCUGCACUUUCUAUACGUUUACAUAAUGUGAUCCACUAUGAUGUUAUGGUCUUAUUUUUAACCUUUUUAUCUUUUUUGCAUUUUGAUGUUGCUGUCUGAAACUUGUUUUUAUGUGAUUUUAUUUUUUUAUUUAAAAUGUACCAGGUAUGUCCACUCUGGAUUCCACUGCAUUGUGUGUCACUUAAUUAAAUUAAAUUACAGUAUGAUUGA